AAUUAGUCCAGUCGGCCAAUCUAAAAUGUUGAUCGUCAGUCGUCACUCGGUACCGAAGGGAACAAGUGUCGUGGCUGGAAGAUUGGCUUAAAAUCUGGAAUUGAAGCACGUUACGACCGUUCGAAUUUCGAAUGGAAUAAACUGAAAGCUGGAUGGUCGGGGUACACGACAAUCGAAUUGGCAAUCAACUUAUUAAAUAAAAAAAUAAAUGCGCCAACAUGGUAAACCACUCAUUGGAUCAGUUUUGUGGCUCUGAGUUUUGGGAUUACGAUUCAGUUUGGAAUACGGAAACUCCUGAUUUAUCAGAAUGUUUUCAGAGAACAGUUUUAAUUUGGACCCCGUGCGCUUUUCUCUGGACAUUCUGUUCUCUAGAAACAUAUUACAUUUUGAACAGUAAAAGGAGAAAUAUACCAUUCACAUGGAUAAAUGUGUCAAAAUUAAUACUCAACUUAUUCUUAAUUGUACUAUCUAUCGUCGAUCUCGGCAAGGCAAUCCAUGCCGGUAUUCAUGAAGAGCGGCAAUAUAACGUGGAAUAUUAUACUCCACUCAUCAAGAUCAUCAGCUUUACUUUGGCGUUAGUCCUGUUAAUAUACAACAAAAAGUAUGGAAUGCGGACGUCUGGUUUACUUUUCCUAUUUUGGUUUUUCCUUGGUCUGUGUGGGGCCGUUCAAUUCAGAAGUUUAAUCAAUGGGUCUUCCACACAGGUGGAGAAGAGUUAUUCAUAUGUGUCUUACAUGAUUUAUUAUCCAGUGGUUUUAAUCAUGUUUUUGUUGAACUUUUUCGUUGAUGGAACACCAAAGUUUUCUGACUAUCCACCGGAAGAACGACCAUGUCCUGAAACAAAUUCUUCAUUUCCAUCAAAGAUUCUAUUUGCUUGGUUCGAUAGCAUGGCAUGGAAAGGUUUCAAGAAACCUCUUGAAACAAAUGAUCUCUGGUCCAUGAACCCUGAAGAUACAGCUGGUGAAAUUAUACCAAAAUUCGACAAAUAUUGGUUGGAGACUUUGAGAAAAACGGAUAAUGCGCAAAAUGUGAAGGCAUCAUUCAGGAAGUCAUCUGGGCAGGUUGAUUUUAACACAGCCCGAAAAAAAAAAGUUGCUUCGAUCUUGCCAGCUCUCUGCAAAGCAUUUGGAGGGACAUUCAUCUUUGGAUCCUUUUUGAAAUUUUCGCAGGAUAUUUUAACAUUUGCCAGUCCUCAAAUAUUGAAGUUACUGAUGGCUUUCAUAUCUGGCAAAGAAGAAUUAUGGAAGGGCUACAUGUAUGCCAUCCUGCUUUUCUUGACAGCAGCUAUCCAGACUCUUGUCUUGUCUCAGUAUUUCAACCGAAUGUUUUUGGUUGGAUUGCGAAUUCGGACAGCACUAAUCGCAGCAAUCUAUAGAAAAGCUUUGAGAAUGUCAAAUGCUGCUCGCAAAGAGUCGACUGUUGGCGAAAUAGUAAAUCUGAUGUCAGUAGACGCUCAAAGAUUCAUGGAUCUGACUGCAUACAUAAGCAUGAUUUGGUCAGCGCCUUUGCAGAUUGCUCUAGCUCUGUACUUUUUAUGGGACAUUUUGGGGCCGUCUGUAUUGGCUGGUUUGGCGGUUAUGAUCAUCCUAAUUCCAAUUAACGCAGUAAUUGCCAACAAAACCAAAACAUUGCAAAUCAGACAAAUGAAAAGUAAAGAUGACAGAGUCAAGUUGAUGAACGAGGUACUUAAUGGUAUCAAAGUCCUCAAGCUGUAUGCCUGGGAACCAUCUUUCGAACAGCAGAUCCUAAAAAUCAGAAAUAAAGAGAUUCAGGUUUUGAAAGAGGCUGCUUAUCUCAAUGCCGGAACAAGCUUCAUCUGGUCUUGUGCUCCUUUCUUGGUUUCUCUAGUUUCGUUUGCCACCUAUGUACUUUCGGAUGAGAAGAACGUCUUGGACAGUUCCACAGCCUUUGUUUCCCUCAGCUUGUUCAAUAUCCUCAGGUUCCCGCUCUCUAUGUUGCCUAUGAUGAUCAGCAACAUGGUGCAGGCAUCAGUGUCUGUCAAGCGUAUCAACAGAUUCAUGAAUACAGAAGAGUUGGAUCCCAACAACGUACAACAUGACCAAUCUGAAUUGAAUCCACUAAUCAUUGAGAAUGGAACUUUUACAUGGGGUGCCGAAGAAUCGGAAAAGCCUGUUCUACGUAAUAUCAAUCUCCAGGUACAGCAGGGCCAUCUGGUAGCAUUAGUUGGUUCGGUUGGUUCUGGAAAAAGCUCUUUAGUGUCAGCUCUUCUUGGUGAAAUGGAUCGAAUCAGUGGCAGAGUAAACACCAAGGGUUCAAUCGCGUAUGUGUCUCAACAAGCCUGGAUUCAAAAUGCAACUUUACAAGAUAAUAUCUUAUUUGGCAAAACACUGGACAAACCUCUAUACAAUCGAGUUAUUGAGGCUUGUGCGCUAAAGCCAGAUCUUGACAUGUUACCUGCCGGAGAUCAAACUGAAAUUGGUGAAAAGGGUAUCAACUUAUCUGGCGGUCAAAAACAGAGAGUAUCCUUGGCCCGAGCAGUCUACAACGACGCAGACGUAUAUUUCAUGGACGAUCCCUUGAGUGCUGUAGAUUCUCAUGUCGGGAAACAUAUUUUUGAAAAUGUUAUUGGCUCCACUGGAAUGUUGAAGAAGAAAACUAGAGUCUUGGUAACACAUGGAAUUACUUAUUUGCCCGAGGUCGAUAAUAUUAUUGUCCUGAAGGAUGGGGAAGUAACGGAACAGGGUACAUACAAACAACUAUUGGAGAAGAAAGGUGCCUUUGCUGAGUUCCUAGUACAGCAUCUCCAGGAAGUUGGAAAUCUGGAGGCUGAUUCGGUAUCGGAGGCAGAUCUUGACGAAAUCAAGCAACAACUCGAAUCCACGAUGGGUGCCGAUGAAUUGCAGCAAAAACUAUCAAGAGCCAUAUCUAAGGUGUCUGAAAGUCAUAGCGACUCUGGGUCUUUGCAUGAGAAACACUCAAUAAAUGGUUCACUUGGACGACAACAUUCGAUAGACAGUCAGCACUCCCUUACCCUUCAUCGCGGAAACAGUGUAAAAGAAAAAGAACUGCAACCACAAAAAGCCGGAGAGAAGCUUAUUGAAAUUGAAAAGGCGGAAACUGGUAGUGUCAAAUGGAGAGUUUAUUCUCAUUAUCUGCGUUCAAUCGGCUGGUUCCUAUCGAUAUCCACAAUUGUGAUGAACGCAGUAUUCCAAACAUUCAGUAUUGGUUCUAACGUGUGGCUCACUGCUUGGUCAGACGACAAUACAACAGUGGUCAACGGUGUUACCGACACUAGUAAACGGGACAUGUACCUCGGAGUGUAUGGAGCUCUUGGUUGUGGUCAAGGAAUAUCAGUACUCCUAUAUGGGUUUGCAUUGGCCUCAGGUACAGUAACUGCAUCUACUGUACUCCUGGAAAUGAUGUUGAACAACGUUCUGCACAUGCCACUGUCUAUAUUUGAUCAAACUCCAUUGGGCAGAAUCUUGAACCGUUUCAGCAAGGAUGUGGAUGUUAUUGAUAACACUCUGCCCAUGAAUAUUCAAUCUAUGAUAUAUUGCGUCCUUUCGGUCAUUGCUACUGUUGUGGUAAUUAGUUACAGCACACCGAUUUUCUUGACAGUAAUUUUACCGAUAGGAAUAAUAUAUUAUUUCGUUCAGCGCUUCUAUGUUGCCACUUCGCGACAGUUGAAGCGAUUGGAAUCUGUUUCUAGAUCUCCUAUAUAUUCUCAUUUUGGUGAAUCCGUUACUGGUGCACCAACAAUCAGAGCAUAUGGCGUUCAAGACAGGUUCAUAAGCGAAUCUGAACACAAAGUAGAUGUUAACCAGGUGUGCUAUUAUCCUAGUAUAAUUGCGAAUCGGUGGUUAGCUGUAAGACUGGAGAUGGUCGGAAAUUUAAUAAUAUUUUUCUCUGCUCUGUUCGCUGUGCUUCAACGAAAUACAUUGAGUGCAGGUUUUGUUGGGUUAUCAGUGAGCUACGCUUUACAAAUUACACAAACGCUGAACUGGUUAGUCCGAAUGACAUCCGAUGUAGAAACAAACAUAGUUGCCGUUGAAAGAAUAAAGGAGUAUGGAGAAACCCCGCAAGAAGCACCAUGGGAAAUUCCUGAUCGAACACCACCGCCUGAGUGGCCAACCGAAGGACGUGUUGAGUUCCGUGACUACAAAGUCCGUUAUAGGGAAGGAUUGGAUCUCGUCCUUAGAGGUCUAACGUUCACUGUCAAUGGAGGUGAAAAAGUCGGCAUUGUUGGGAGAACUGGAGCGGGAAAAUCGUCACUAACUCUUUCGCUAUUCAGAAUAAUUGAAGCUGCAGAUGGAAAGAUAUUUAUAGAUGACUUAGAUAUAUCUGAUAUGGGGCUUCAUGCUUUGAGAUCAAGAUUGACAAUCAUACCCCAGGAUCCAGUACUGUUUUCUGGCACCCUGAGGUUAAACUUGGAUCCCUUUGGACAUUACAGCGAUGAUGAUGUUUGGAGAGCACUAGAACAUGCUCAUUUGAAACAAUUCGUCAAAGGAUUACCUACUGGAUUGUCGCACGGAGUCACCGAAGGAGGAGACAAUUUGAGUGUUGGUCAAAGACAGUUGAUCUGUUUGGCCCGAGCUUUGCUGAGAAAAACCAAAGUACUGAUUUUAGAUGAAGCAACUGCAGCAGUUGAUUUGGAAACAGAUGAUCUCAUCCAACAGACCAUCAGAGAAGAGUUCAAAGAUUGCACUGUACUCACUAUUGCACACAGGCUGAACACGAUUCUAGAUUCAGAUAGAGUAAUCGUCCUCGACAAAGGCUUUAUAACGGAAUUCGAUUCACCAGAUGCGCUACUACAAAAGAAAAAUGGCGCAUUUUACAGCAUGGCCAAAGAUGCUGGUUUGGUAGCGUAAAGCUUAAAUCUGUGACUAAUUGAUUGCUUAUGGCUUAAUUUAUGGAAAUUAGAGAGUCACAUACUUUCUGUAGGCAUACUUUUGAAAGUGAAAAGGAAUUUCAUACCAGCAUUACAAUAAUGAUUACUCUAUGUGAAAUAUAGGUACUCGUCAUUAUAAACGCAUCAAAUUCAUGUAGUAUGAUUCGUCUUGUCAAGAUUUCGCAUAAACAAGUCUUUUCACGGGCCUGUAAAUUCGCUGAAUACGCGGAUGUUGGUAUCUAAUAUACUGCCAGUUGUAGUGAGCAUAUCCUACCUUGUGAUGGGAGAUGAUUUCUUCUAUAAGAUAUAUAUAUUUUUUUUUAACUUGCAUUUUUUUAAAUGUUAACAGCGUAAUCAUCAUAUUGUAUUUCAAUUUCGAGUAAUCUUAAAUUAUUAUCACAUGAUUUUAAAGUAUCAAAAACACACAAAUUUUCAAGCUACUUAAUUGAUUACAUAAUCAAAUGCCACAAAUUUAAUUUAACUCAUGCUAUUGUACUUCAUUUUGUUCUGUUAUAUUUUUCCUGUUUAUCUAUUUAAAAUUUACAUGGCGAGUUUCGAUUGCUUCGCACAUUUUGUUUCUAGUACUUAAACUUAACUUACGAUUUAAUGAGAAGAAUAGAGCAAUGUUUAUCAAAACUAGUAAAUCGAAGCAAUUUGUUGAACGUCAAUAACAGCAAUCACCUCAAAAACUGCACAUAUAUCUCAGAUACGGUCUGAGAACGUUAUUAUGUAUCUAUACUUAUGUACACAGUUCAAAGUUUGUUAUCAAAUAUUAUAGAUAGAUAUUGAAUUGAUCAUAGCUGACGAUUUCUAAUGUUCCUGUAAAUUGCAAACUGUUAUAGCACAAUGAUACACGAUUAGUGCUGGUUAUUGCGAUCUACCGAAAAUAAUCUUUAUAAAGAUGCAUUUUAGUGCUAAAGUAUCUUGCCGCUCUUUGAUAGGGUUUAUUAGGUGACGAUAGUUUUUAUGAAUCCCAGUUUAUCUCGUUCCCAAUUUAUAACAUCGCUGUGAAAAAGGCAACUGCAAAUACUUAAUAUACAUACAUCCAUAAGCUACUAAUUUUAUUGUAAUAAGUUAAAUGAUCAACUGAAUGUGCAAGAGAAGUACGAUUCUUGGCAAUGGUGAUGUUUAUGUACAAACGGAUUAUCACUGUGUGCAGUGUGCCAAGUGCAAAGAGAGAAAAGUGCCUACUUGUUAUCAACUAUUAUAUAAACUAUAUGUAUAUCAUCUGUAUAAUAGACACAAACUAGCGAGCGUAAUACAGUAAUCUAUCAAGCAAAUUUACGUCUGAAAUUACAGAGUAUUGAACUUGUCGGCCCCAACAAAAAAGUACUUAUCAACGUUCGUAAUACUAUCAAAAAUGUGUUAUUGAACAAUACUUUUUAUUUAACUGGUGUAUUAAUUUUUUUCUUCACCCACACUGUGCAUUAUCUUUCGUUAUAACUUGUGUAUCUUACCUUAUAAUUACAGUGUGUUGUACAAAACAGUAUUUAAUACAGUCAUUUUUAGACAAUAAUUGACAUUUGUAAACGUGAUUUCCUAAAAUUGUUGAGUACUUUUAUCACACCUUUGAAGUAUUCCUGAAUUUACUUUGGCAGUUACAUAGGUAACUUACUGCAAUAUGCUCAUUGGUAUGGAAUAAUAUUGUAAAUUGACUGCACUUAUUGAAAUACGUCAUGUUUUCUCUA